GACACUCUUGCACUCAACGAUGAUCCGGGUCCUCUUUGCUGUGCUUGCCUUGGCCUCUGCGGCUUUGGGAUGUGGAGUCCCAGCCUUCCAGCCUAACCUGUCCAGAGUUGUGGGGGGAGAAGCUGUUAGACCCAACAGCUGGCCAUGGCAGGCCUCUCUUCAGUACAGUUCCAGUGGCAAAUGGCAUCACACAUGUGGGGGGACCCUUAUUGCUACCAACUGGGUCAUGACGGCAGCACACUGCAUCAGCUCUUCUCGGUCCUACCGCGUGCUGCUUGGGAAGUAUGACCUGACAGCCAGUGAGAAAGGAUCACUCACAGUGUCUGCACAAAAGAUCGUGGUGCACCCCAAGUGGGACUCGAGCAAGGUUUCCAACGGGUAAUUUGACAGCUUUUCUUGAAGCAGAGGAUUAAAGAUUAAGGUUGCCAGUUCCUCUCCCUUAUACCUCUGGUUUGGUGGCCAGAAUAUUUUGGAGUCAAAUGGGAACUGCUAUUUGCCCUGCUGGGGAAAAAUUUCAGCAAACGGUGCGUCCCCAAAAGUCCUCCAGCAAGGCCGCCUGCUUGUGGUGAAUCACGCGACCUGCUCCCAGUCCAGCUGGUGGGGCAACACAGUCAAAACCAGUAUGGUCUGCGCGGGCGGUGAUGGCAUCAUAUCUAGCUGCAAUGGGGACUCCGGCGGUCCGCUCAACUGCAAAUCCGGCAGCAAGUGGGAGGUGCACGGGGUGGUCAGUUUCGGCUCUUCUCUGGGAUGCAACUACGUCCGCAAGCCUUCCGUUUUCACUCGAGUAUCUGCUUUCAAUGACUGGAUCGCUCAGGUUGUGCAGUAUGCAACACGGGAACUGGACGGCUGCCGUUCAGACAAGGAGCUACGAAAUUCCAGGAAGGCAUCUUAUUAA